CAAUUUAAGCGUGAUUUAAAGAUUAUAAUCAACAUACAACAAUCAUGCGAUUAUAUUAUUAUCGAUGUAACAUUCAUAUAAAAGUUCACAUCGCAUGAUGAUGAACAUAGUGUAUUAAAUUUUUUCUAAUAAAAACUGCAUCAGUAUCCCUUCGUAUAAAAUGUAUAAACAUUAUUUAACUCUUUUUGUAGCUGUAACACUCAUAGCAAACUCUAUGCAGGAAGCCGGAGGUGGCGCUGAAAGCCAAGCUAACGCCGGUAUGAACGCCGAUUUUGGAGCCAGUGGUGGUUUCGGCGUUGGUGGUGAAGGUGGUGAUAACGCUGCUGGUAGCGAUGGUGAAAUAAAAGGCUCUUUUGGUUUUGGAGCUGGCGUGGGCGGCGGCGCUGAUGGUGGACUAGGACCGAAAUAAAAAAAUUAAGGUGUAAUAACGUAAUUAAUAAGUUGUAUGCAUUCGAAAUAAUUUAUUAUUUUUUUUUAGCACUUUUAUUAUUAAUUAUUUCUUAGCACUUUUAGAGAUACGUAAUUCUAUACGUUCUUAAUAUUUCUACGUUUCUACUGACGAUCCUAUGUAUUUCUUUCUUUGAAGUAAAAAUUUUACGUUUCAUGUGAUUA